AUGGAGUUCGAGCAGCGCAUCAAAGCGUACCGUUUCGUGGCCUACUCGGCUGUCGCCUUCUCGGUGGUCGCCGUUCUUUCGGUGUGCAUCACGCUGCCAAUGGUGCACAACUACGUCCACCAUGUCAAGAGAACUAUGCAUCAGGAGGUUCAGUUCUGCCGUGUAAGUCCUUACCAACAAAAUCCUCACUUUCACCAUUCCUUCUCAGGGAUCUGCCAAGGACAUCUGGACCGAGGUGAACGAGCUGAAGAGCAUCCAACACGCGAACAGAACCGCUCGUCAGUCGGGAUACGAUGCCGGAGUGAACGGAGGAUCCGCCACUUCUGGAGGAUGCGACGCUUGCUGCCUGCCAGGAGCUGCUGGACCAGCCGGAACUCCAGGAAAGCCAGGACGUCCAGGAAAGCCAGGAGCGCCAGGACUGCCAGGAAACCCGGGACGUCCACCACAGCAGCCAUGCGACCCAGUCACCCCACCACCAUGCCAGCCAUGCCCACAAGGACCACCUGGACCACCAGGACCACCAGGAGCACCAGGAGAUGCUGGAUCCAACGGAAACCCAGGAUCGCCAGGACAAGACGGAGCUCCAGGAGCGCCAGGAAACAAGGGACCAUCUGGACCGAACGGAAACCCAGGAGCUCCAGGAGCCCCAGGACAGCCAGGACAAGACGCUCCAUCGGAGCCAAUCACUCCAGGAGCACCAGGACCACAGGGAGCCCCAGGACCACAAGGACCACCAGGAGCCCCAGGACAGCCAGGACGCGACGGACAGCCAGGAGCUCCAGGACCGAAGGGACCAAAUGGAAACCCAGGACAGCCGGGAGCCGAUGGAAAUCCGGGAGCCCCAGGACAAUCCGGAACUCCAGGAGGGGCCGGAGAGAAAGGAAUCUGCCCCAAGUACUGCGCCAUCGACGGAGGAGUCUUCUUCGAGGACGGAACUCGCCGUUAA